AUGACCUCCGCAUCGCAACAGCCUGCCUUUAGCGCCAGCCUGGACGGCGCCCACACCAUGUCGCUCGACAACUACAUCUUCCCUACCGACCGCCUCAAGACCUCCCUCUCCGAUCCCACCAAGACGCCUCUUGUCCUUGUGUCUUGCGGCUCCUUCUCUCCCCCGACCAAUCUCCACCUCCGCAUGUUCGAGGAGGCUGCCGACUUUUGCGAGUUCGAAACAAACUACGAGGUCCUUGGUGGCUUCUUCAGUCCUGUUGGCGAUGCCUACAAGAAGGCUGGCCUGGCUCCGGCCCAGCACCGGAUAAACAUGACUCGGAUUGCUGUCCAGGACAGUUCCAAAUGGAUUGGUGUAGACCCUUGGGAGCCGCUGCACAAGGAGUACCUGCCUACCGUCAAGGUGCUGGAUCAUUUCGAUCACGAGCUGAACAACGUCUUGGGUGGUGCUCAGACGGCUGAUGGCGAGAAGAAGCGUAUUCACGUCGCCCUCCUUGCUGGUGCCGACCUGAUUCAGACCAUGAGUGCCCCAGGCCUGUGGGCACAGGAAGAUUUGAACCGCAUCCUGGGUCACUACGGCGCUUUCAUUCUCGAGCGCAGCGGCACCGACAUUGAUGAUGCUCUCCUCACUCUUCAACAGUUCCGAGACAACAUCCGCGUCAUCCCACAACUGAUUCAGAACGAUGUGUCUUCCACCAAGAUCAGACUGUUCCGCAAGCGUGGCAAGAGCAUCCGCUACUACAUUCCCGACAAGGUCGUUGAAUACAUCUACGAACACAAUCUCUAUGUAGACGACGACAAGAAGCAGGCCGGCAAGGGCAAGGAAAAGGCCGCUAGCGACAUGUCCAGCUCAGCAGUGGCCACAACUUGA